UAUAUUGUCAUGUGUUUUAGAGUCACAGAGUCGCAGAAAUGAGUCAGUGGUCGGAACUUCAACAACUGGAUUCAACGUUUUUGGAACAGGUCGACCAACUGUAUGAUGACAGCUUUCCAAUGGCCAUCCGGCAGUACCUCAGCAGCUGGAUAGAAAGCCAUGACUGGGACCAUGUCGCUAAUGUGGAGAAUGAGUCUCUUGCCACCGUGAGGUUUCAUGAUCUUUUGACCCAGUUGGAUCAUCAACACAGCCGCUUCGCGAUGGAGAAAGACUUCCUGAACCAGCACAACAUCCGCAAGAUCAAAAGGAACUUGCAGAGCCUCUUCCAAGACAAUCCUGUUUCCAUGGCCAUGAUCAUCAGUAGGAACCUUAGUGAAGAAAGGAAGAUUCUGGCUGCUGCCCAAGUGUCAGAGAAUCGAACCGAGAACAGCCAAAAUGACAUGAUCGUGGAGAAACAUCGAGAAAUGGAUGGAAGGGUGAAAGAUAUAAAAAAUAAAGUACAGGACAUAGAGCAGAUUAUCAAAAAUCUAGAAGACCUGCAAGACGAAUACGACUUCAAGAGCAAAACUCUUCAAAGCAGAGAGGAACUGAACGGGACCAUUUCAAAGGAAGACUUGAACCGGGAGAGACUGAUUAUACGUGCCAUGUUUAUGAAACUCAACGAAACAAGAACAAAUGUGAUCAGUCAGAUGUCAGAGGUGUUGAACAUCAUGGAUCCGGUGAUCUUUGAGCUAAUCUCAACAGAACUGGCUGAAUGGAGGCAUCGUCAACAGAUGGCUUGCAUCGGUAGAGUAACCAAUGUCUGCUUGGACCAGCUGCAGAACUGGUUUACUUCCCUAGCAGAAUCUCUGCUUCAGCUCAGGCAGCAGCUCAAGAAACUUCAGGAGCUGGAGCAGAAAUUCACUUACAACAAUGAUCCCAUCACCCUCAGCAGAAGCACUCUGGAGGACCGGAUCAUGUUAAACCUCAAAAAUCUCAUCACAAACUCUUUGGUAGUCGAGCGACAGCCAUGCAUGCCGACCCAACUGCAAAGACCUCUUGUGCUCAAGACAGGCAUUCUGUUCACCCUUAAAUUACGGCUGCUCAUAAAACUUCAGGAAUUUAACCACACUGUUCGGGUGAAGGUGCAAUUCGACAAGGACAUCGUUGAGAAACGAAAAGGGUUUCGCAUGUUCAACAUCUUGGGAACGGCCAUGAAGGUGAUGAACAUGGAGGAAUCCAAUGGGAUGGCAGCAGAAUUCCGUCAUCUGCAACUGAAAGAGAAGAAGAUUACCGGAAACAGAACAAGUGAGGGCCCUCUGAUCGUCACAGAGGAACUUCACUCCAUCACCUUUGAGGCUGAGCUCUGCUGGUCUGGAAUAGUCCUGAAAUUUGAGACCACGUCUCUGCCCAUAGUCGUGAUCUCCAACGUCAGUCAGUUACCCAGUGGAUGGGCCUCCAUCAUGUGGUACAACAUGCUGACCUCUGAGCCAAAGAACCUUUCUUUCUUCGUGACUCCUCCUUCAGCCACGUGGGGGCAUCUAGCGGAGGUGCUGAGCUGGCAGUUCUCCUCCAUCACCAAAAGAGGGCUUAAUCAAGAACAGUUAAGCAUGCUGGGUACUAAACUCCUGGGUCCUAAAGUGGCGAUGGAUAAUGAAGCUCAGAUUCCUUGGAACAGAUUCUGCAAGUCUGGCAGUGAGAAGAACUUCACCUUCUGGCUGUGGAUCGAAGGAAUUCUGGACCUUAUAAAGAGACACUUGCUGAGUCUGUGGGACGAUGGCUGCAUAAUGGGGUUUGUGACCAAGGACCAGACUAAAGCUCUCCUCUAUGACAAACAUUCCGGGACGUUUCUGUUGCGCUUCAGCGAGAGCAAUCGCGAUGGAGCCAUUACGUUCAGCUGGGUUGAACACGACGCAAACAAUGAGCCACAGAUUCGCUCCGUGGAGCCCUACACAAAGAAGGAACUCUCUGCCGUCUCACUUCCUGACAUCAUUCGAAACUACCGCGUGAUGGCCACCGAUAACGUCCCGGAAAACCCUCUGCGCUUCCUGUUUCCCAAUGUACCCAAAGAUGAUGCCUUCAAAAAAUACUACUCCAAACCUACCGACAAGGAAGAACCAAUGGAUGUGGAUAAGAAGUUACAUGAGGGAUACAUCAGAACCACUCUAAUCUCCAUCUCUGAAAUGAAGCCACAGGAGUUUAACACCACACUCAUGCCAAUGUCUCCUGAGGUUUAUUGUGAGCUGGAGCGCAUGAACCGAUUCGAUACAUUAGGUUUUGAGCCCUCAGACUUAAGCCUCACUUAAGUGACCUGAAAGGACAGAUGAUGAAGUAGAAAUGUUUCCUGUGGAUUGUUCUUGUAUUAACGUAAAUGAAAGAGAAACAUCUAGUCGAGGUACAGCCAGUGGUUUUAGUAUUCCUCUCUUUCUCAUUCUAACGUUACUAGAAAGACACUGCAAUAGCAUAAAGACAAUCAAACAAAUCGAAUUAACCCCCUUAGUAACGCUACUGUUACCUCAGCACUUACUCUAGAAAACGUUUUAGACAGUGAAGUUGUGUAUGAAAGUACUUCAUUGAGUAUAGCACUUCAUUUUCUUAAAUGCCAAGUAACUGGUGGUUGAGGAGAUUCCCCCUUCUAUGUAAAGCGCUUUAUAAAUGUAAGGAAUUAUUUUUAUUAAUUAAUUGUUAACAGAAAAGGGUGAAGAAAGUGAAUGAAAAAGCUGAAUAGAUGAUUUACCCACAAACUUAUUUUCUGUAAAUAAAAUUGAA